GUAAAGAAAGAUCAUCCAGGACCUACAUUUUAAAUUUUGAUAAACAAGGGAUGAUUUGGCCACACAGCAUCCUGGGCAGCCUGGAUGACUUAGAAGAUUAUGGUGAAGCCACAGGAGUGACAGAGUCGAAGAUGCACCCACCAAACUCCGAAAGAUUUCAUUCAUAUGAGGCCACAAGGAAAGCACCUCAUAUGGUGGUGAAAAGUGACCCUGUUAGUCCUUUAAGUCAUAGAGACAUCCAAAGGAAUGCCUUGCAGCGGUGGAAAGAACACAUGAGCCUUCGUAGACAGCAACAUGACUCUUUAUCCAAUCUGCUGCAACGACCAGUCCAGUAUUCACUGAUGAACCAAGAUAAUUUCAGAGAAACUCAAGAGCAGAGGGAGCAACUGAACCAAGUCUUGCUGUACAUUCAGUCUGGACAUGGUUUCCAUGUGGGCAGUGAGUAUUGGACUCUUCCCCAGCAUUAUGGAGAUGAAAUAAGUGGAAUUAUAGCCACCUUGACUCUGAGAGAAAAUGGCAAGUUUGAACCUGUCACAUAUAUAGGUCAACCAUGCAGCAUAUGGCAGGAAUCAGGAAAUAUUUCUCCUGUAAAAAGGCGCCCUGGCUCAUGCAUGUGGGAUCAGAGUCCUUACCUGCAGCACCAAUACCAGGAGCUCAGAAGGAUUGGAAUAGAAGUGGACAUCAAAAAGCCGGACAUGGACCAACUGGAGGUGAUUGGCUGUGCCAGUCCAUUCAGUUUUGGCACAGUUUAUCACAGUUCAGUAACGGAGAAGGAAGAAGUAGAGAAGAAGCACAGGGACAACAAUGUUCCACUGGAGAAAUAUGAUGGUCUUCAUUCAGGUGCCAUUCUUAUUCCUCCCUUGAGGUUCUGUGGUCAACUUGCCAAAUGGACUGUAAACUCCGCUGACGUCAAGGGAGGGAUUGGACUCAAUGCGAGAAUAAAUAUUGGGUCUCUGACUGAAGAAAUACCCUCAUCUCACCUGGAGCUACACAAUGAAGGCAGCACAGCCAUCUUCUACACUUGGAACCAGAUUCCUCUACCUCUCCAAUCACAAUCACUGACUCAACACUUCCACUUCAACUCCUCGAAUGGUGUAAUCCUUCCAGGUAAGACAAAAAGGCUGGAAUUCUUUUUGAAGUCAGAUGAACCAGGAAUCAAGACUGAACUAUGGCAGCUCAGUACACACCCAAUACUUCUGCAAAAAGCUUCAGUCCAAGUCACACUGAGGAGUGUGGCAGAAUACCAAGACAAAUAUGCAAAGGAAAGACAUGUUAUAGAGACAAAUCUGGAUAAAGAAGUAGUGAAAAAAAUGUGUCGCUCCAUGGUGUGUGAGAUGCUGCAGAAGGUCCAUGCCCAAGAGAGAUCCUCCCAUGCUGCAGAGGUUUAUGUUACUGGCCAUGAAGAGUUUCAAAUGAAAAACCAACUGGCUAUGCUGUCUCUGCCUGAUCAAGACUCAUCUCACGACACCAUCAACAGGCAAAAGGCUUUGGACCAGAUCAAUUCUCUGAUAUUUCAGCAUUCCACACCAUUACUCAGACAAAAUUGUGUAACAGCAGCAGCUAUAGGGCAGCUGCUGCUUCAUAAAUUGUUGGAUACAAUGGAUAGUGAAGCCAAAAGGCUCAGAGAGCUACUGGGCCUUCCAGAGAGGGAAACAUGGAUCAAAGUCGGGGAAUUUCUCCUCGCUGGCCUUGAUUUGACUGAUAAUAUAAACAGUGAUGACAAGUGUCAGAGAAAGGGCCAUGCGGUUGCUAAAACAGAGAAGACUAUGGAGAAAACCAGAAUUAAAGAUGACUACAAAGGAGACUCAGAAGCAACUCAGUCUUCAGUGGAGAUGGUGGUCAUUUAUAGAAGGCUUGUGUAUCUUAAGGUUUAUUUUCUGAGAAGAGACCUUCUGGGAGCCCUGUUUGGCUUGGCAGAUGAAGUUAAAGAAGCGGAGUAAUAUGACACACAAUAAACACUGUCCCACAGUACUAAAUUAGAUAAAGGUUUGAUUUUGUUUGAUGAUGAUUUACUCCCAUUGUAAUUGUAUUUCCACAGAAUUGCCCACAUAUAUGUGGGCAGUGAUUGACUCAAAUAUGACCAAAUUUUGCUCUGAUUGUAAUUCUGUUACCAGAGAAUUGCCUGUGCAGGACCCGGCCUAAAGCUGAAUGUCUGCUGCUUUUAUGUAAUUAUUGUCAGUACAGCCAAAUUGACUAUUUGCUUGUGUAUUCCUUUUUCUUUCUCUGAAUAUAUAACUGCUAGUUUGCUCUGCACCCUUUUAGACACUGGUCCACAAAAACUAUCACCCUUGAAAAGUGAUCAUCAUUUUGGCCCUUGGCUCUGGUCCCAAAGAAUUACAUGUUUAAGUCAGCUUGCUGUGAUCUUGAUUGUACUCAUCUGUGCAAAAGAAAAGCACUAUACAUAUUUUACUGCAUGAAACAUUUUUCCGGGUGAAAUGUCUACAUGCAGUUUUCUGAUGUGCUACUUAGAAGUUCUGAUUUUGAUCUUAAAAGUUGUGUUUUUACAAUAUACUGUCUUUCAAUGGA